AUGGGGCCAAGAUCUGGGCCGAGCGGGUGCCGCCAGCCAGCGCCGCCGCGAAGCCCCGCUGCCAAUGGCCACGCCGCCGCGCAGCCGACCUCCCUCGUCCGUGCCAGGAUGCCCUGCCGCCUGAGCGCACAACCAGGAGACGCAUCGCCCCGCGCAGGAGCGCCUUCGGGAGGGGAAAAGCAGGGGCCGAUGCUGCCGGCGCUGUCCGGGACAGGCCCAGCCACGCAUGAGGGGCCAACAGUUCCAGAUGAUGAUGAUGAUGACGAUGACGUGGCUGCAGAUGAUGAGGACAAGGGCGAGGAGAAGAUGGAGGACGAGGAGGAGGAGGAGGGGCCAACAGUUCCAGAUGACGAUGAUGAUGAUGACGUGGCUGGAGAUGAUGAGGACAAGGGCGAGGAGAAGAUGGAGGAGGAGGGAGAAGAGGCGGCGGUGGACGUGCCAACUGCGGCUGAUAAUGUGGUGGUCAAUGAUUUUCAUGAGGAGGGGCCAAUGGUGCCAGAUGAUGAUGAUGACGACGAUGGCUACAGCCACGACCUGUCAAGUGUCCAGCAGUCCAGGGAUAACUGA